AUGGAGAAGAAGAACAGUAUUAAAGCAAACGAUGAAAUCCAAGAAUUGCAUUCAGUUGUCGACAAACGGUUUACGAGUCUUCGGAGAGACAAAACAAAUUUGACGCAAUUGUUAGCAGCAGAGCGUCUGAAGACCGAACAUCUUGAAAGUCAAUUGCAAAAUAUGGCCCAAAAUGAAAGCGCUUUCAAAGAGUACGAGAAAAUUAUUUGCGAUUUGAAGACUAAACUGAAUACAGAAGAAAUGUCUUUUGAAUUUGAGCGCAAAAACAAAGAGAGAUACGCCAAAGAGAAUGAACAGUACUCACGAAGAAUACAGUUCCUCGAGAAUGAAGUGAGAAAAUUGAAUGAACUUUUGGAGGCCAGCAAUGCACAUACCGGUGCGCACAACAACAGCACCGUCUUCUCUAUGCCGACGACUGUCAACAUUCACACUCAACCCAAUCAAACCAAUCUAAACCUCACAGCAAUGGACAUAUCGAACCCAAACGCCAGUAAUUUAUCGCUUAAUAUUAGUCGAAAGCUUCCGAUGGGAACCGGCAGUCGAUUAGCAAUGGCUGACGAAGAGGGAGAGUUCAUGAAUCCAAACAAUUUGAUUGCUUUGAAACGCGGCGAGUGUUCAGUCAGUGACUUAUUGCUGGACGAACAGCGACUCUCAAUACUCCAGAAGAGGAAUACAAUGGUUUUGCCUCAUCUGAAGAGCUCGUAUGGCGUGGAACUGCCGUUUAUGCCCAACAAUACGGUCGACGCAGAGACUGUGAAAAACGGCUUUUCGUCGACUUCGCUGAAUGAGUCGAAAGCGUUGAAACAAAUCCAGAAUAUUAGUUAUCAGAGAAACGAAUUCACUUCCAAUUGUAAUAACAAUUCUAUCAGUUGUGAUAAUAUCUCCAUCAAUGCUAUCAAUGGCAACAAAUCAUAUAACAGGAGAGUGGAGAACAUAAAAAUCAAUUCAAGUAAAGUUAGUCUGAAGAACAUAACGCCCACCAAAAUGUUCAAACGGGUCAUCAAAGGCAAGCAGACCUGGACUCCCAACAAGAAAUGA